CAGAAGACACCACCAUCACCCCGCCAUGGUUCGACCUCUCAGGGCCAUACAGCCCGAGGACGACGGCGUGGUUGACGACCCCAAGGUCACUCUCGAAGGAAAAGACCUGUGGGAGAAGUUUCACAAGCUGGGCACGGAGAUGGUCAUCACGAAGUCCGGGAGGCAAAUGUUUCCACAAAUGAAGUUCCGUGUAUCCGGUUUGGACUCGAAAGCCAAAUACAUUCUCCUGUUGGAUAUAGUGGCAGCUGAUGACUACAGAUACAAGUUUCACAACAGUCGGUGGAUGGUCGCUGGAAAGGCAGAUCCCGAAAUGCCGAAACGGAUGUACAUUCAUCCGGAUUCUCCGUCCACAGGGGAGCAGUGGAUGCAGAAGGUGGUGUCGUUCCAUAAGCUGAAACUAACCAACAACAUCUCGGACAAGCACGGCUUUGUAAGUACUGUACGUUCGUAUCAACACAUACUUUAUUACUAGAAAUAAAUAGAGAUAUGGUGGCUUAUCGGGUCAGUUGGUACUGCACUAAUAUUUCAAGAAUUGAAGGGCUUCUCAGAAGGACACUGACUUAUACAGUUUCGCCGGGAUUUGAUUUGCAUCGCAUAAGCGUUCAGAGUCGUAAUACUCGAAACCCUAUUGGCUGACAGUCACGUCAUCGCCAGGCGCUUUGCCAGUUGUGUUAUGUAUUUGAAAACUUUACAGCG